CACGCGGCGCAACCCUGUCUACAAGACGUAUAUUGCAUUCCACGAUCACGAGGUGGCGCUUUCGUUCAUCCGUGUUGUUCUCUUUCGCAGACUGUGCUUUUCCACUCUGUCGAAGCUACCCACCCAACAGAAUCGGACGUCUUGCCUGUUUAGCGUCUUGUGUCAACGUGUUAUGAUAAUUAUUUCAUUAUACGCCCCACGAUUACCAGCACGAAGAACGUGCACGGGCUGCCGGCUGCUGGAGCGACUGGAAGAAUCCGUGCAAGUUUGACCUCCGUGGACGUCUCCAGACGUGAGUCACGGAGGAAUUUAUAAACACCCAAGAUCAGCAGAAGUGACGGGACUGGGUGUCUUCCAGUGCAUGUCUGUGGUGUCCAGGCUAGUCUACAGGAGGCCACAUUCUUUCACUUUUGCAUGUGACUGCUUUAUUCUCCUGUCCUGCUGGAAUUAUUCAGAGUCACUUUUCUUUCUGCAUUUUUGCUUACCUUGUUUUGCAGAUCAACAGAACAUUCACUGAAGUAGCACUAACAUGGGCAUGCAGAACUUAAUGUCACGUCUUGGCCCACCCAAAAGAGAGGUGAUGCUAGAACCCUUUGUGCACCAAGUUGGAGGACACAGCUGUAUCCUGCGUUUCAACAAAGGAACAAUCUGCAAGGUGCUCAUACCCCGUGAGUUCGAGGUCUACUGCAGCCUUCCAGAGGAGCUGAAAACCUUUACACCUCAGUACAGAGGCGUAGUAUCUGUCAGUGUCCGGGAAUCCAAAACAGGCUCAAUUGUGCUCAUUGCUCAACCAUUGGGGCAAAAUCAUUGCUCUGUACCAGGGGUGUGCUGCUCAAAAGGGUCCAGUCAGACUUUUGUCAGAGCAGAAUGGGAAGCUGGCAGUGCUUCAAACACCAUACUAAAGACAUCAAAGAUACGAGAUGACACUUUGGAGGCUCUCAAGCAGCCGUAUGUUCUACGCCUACCCUUGUCAGGACUACCUGCCACUGGAGAUGUGUUGUCGCAGCUAAACCCCUGGGCACGCCACUGUUAUCAGAGAACACUGGAGAAGAUGAGGGACAGCUACCAAAAUGGCCAGCAGUGUGAAUAUCUGUUACUGGAAGAUCUCACAGAGGGUUACCGAUUCCCCUGUGUUCUUGACCUAAAGGUUGGUCGACGCCAACACGGAGAAGGUGCCAGUCUUCAAAAGCAGCGGGAUCAGACUCGAAAGUGCCAGCUAAGCACCUCAGCAGCAUUGGGGAUCCGAAUGUGUGGCAUGCAGGUAUUCCAACUGGAGUCAGAACAAAUGGUGUUCAUGAACAAAUAUUAUGGCCGCAGCCUGACAGAGAGUGGAUUUCGGGAUGCCCUGUACCAAUUCUUUCACAGUGGCAAAAGACUCUUAAGGGAAGUAAUUCAGGGUGUGCUGGGCCGGCUGAGAGAUUUGCGAUUCACAGUGGAAAAACAAGUCAGCUAUCGCUUCUACUCCAGUUCAAUUCUCAUCAUUCAUGAUGGGGACCAGGCACAACCUGAGCAUAAAAACAAGCAUUGUGACCCAGAGGGCAGACGGUUUGAUGUUAGAAUGAUCGACUUUGCCCAUACAACAUGUACACGCUUCUCUCAGGAAGAUGGAGUAGCUCAUCAGGGGAUCGACAUGGGGUACAUCUUUGGCCUGGACACUCUCAUGCAGCUCCUCAGUGAAAUCCUCCUUCUAGGCGAUGACAAGCUUCCAUCUAAUGUGGAAGCUGAGGAGAAAAUAUCUAAAAAUAAAACACGAGAAGAUGAGAAUAUAGGAGAAGAACAACGAUAACAGAGAAAGCCUGGAAUUCAGUACUGAAGUGUAUUUUUUUUGCAGACAAUUGUAAAAAAAUUUGAGGGGCCUAUUGAGGAUGUUCAGGUUUAACUGGGCAUUGCAACAAAACUGCUCCCCAUCGGAUUCUUCCGAUGUUGGAAAUUCUGGAAAGUGAAAAUGGUCAUGAUCUGAUGAAGAGUUUCUGCUUGCUGUGGUGCUGUUUUUGUUGCAAAUAGAAGACUACAGAAUGGAGUGCGUUAUAAAAUCAGAUUAUAAACCUUUACCUUUCAUCAUUAUCCCUGCAAUGAGUGCUGAAAUUAUUCAUUAAAGAAACAUUUACAGAGA